AUGUCCUCCAAAUCAAGGGCGCUCAAAGUAGCAGUUGUCGGCGUCGCCGCACAGAUUCCCAGUGGUACCUUCGCUAGCACCGACCUUGACUACUCAUCGUUCUUCCAAUUUCUCCUUCAAGGGGGCGAAGCCUACGAGCCUAUACCUAAAGAACGUUUCAAUACCCAAUUUAUCCGCGGCAACUCGGUGGGCAAGGUCGUUACCGACACCGGUGCAUUCCUCAAAGAUAUCGACACAUUCGACCCUCUCGAGUUCGGCAUCACAGCGAGAGAUGCACGUCUUAUGCCUGUCAGCACGCGCAAGCUGCUGGAGACGUCAUUCCUAAGCCUGCAAGAUUCGGGCAUUGACUACCGCGGCAAGAAUGUUGGGUGCUUCAUGUCCGGCGUGGCACAUGACCAGUUCUCCGUUUCUGGCCAUGAUGAUACCGAAGCGAAAGGCUCUUUCGCUAUCGGACCAUCUAUGGUCGCCAAUCGAGUAUCGUAUCAUCUGGACCUGAGGGGCCCUUCCGUGCCCAUAGACACCGCCUGCAGCUCCAGUCUGUACGCGACCCACCUGGCUGUGCAAGCGCUACGUAACGGAGAGUGUGAGGCCGCUGUCGUCGGCGGUUGUCAGAUAAACCAUCGGUUCACCGAGUGGUUGACAUACACUCAGGGCGGAGUGCUUUCGCCGGAUGGCAAGUGCAAACCGUUCGACGCGUCUGCUAAUGGCUUUGGUCGCGGUGAAGGAGUAAUAUGCAUAGUGCUGAAGCCUCUCGAGGAUGCUGUGCACGACCAUGAUCACAUUUACGCCACCAUCCUCGGCACAGGGGUCAACUCCUCUGGCUCUCUCGCGCCUGUGAACGCCCCCGUUGCUUCAGCUCAGGCAGACGCGAUGAGGCGCGCCUUCUCGUACACCGACAGACUUCCACAAGAGGUCGAUUUCCUCGAACUGCAUGCUACGGGCACCGCUCAAGGAGACCCCUCAGAAGCGAACUGGGUCGGUCGUAACUUCCAUAGAGAAGACGAGCUUCUCGUGGGCAGUGUCAAAGGCAACAUAGGCCACUUGGAGAUCGCAGCCUUUCUCGCGUCUCUUUGCAAAGUCUGCGGCAUCUUCGAAACAGGGCUCAUACCGCCCAACGUCAACCUCAUCAAUCCAAAUCCGGCGAUACACUGGGCGGAGCACCGCCUGCGCGUUCCCCGCGAAGUCGAGCGGCUCAGAUGCCGUUCUUCGAACUCGGGCCGACCCCCUCUGAUCGCGAUGACGAGCUCCGGCAUCGGAGGUGCGAACGGUCACUGCGUAGUUGAAGGCCGUCCUCUCCAAGUUGCACGUCCCACGGUGUUCUGGACCGAGGACGCGAAGAUUCCUGCGCUUCUGGUCGCGGGAGGGUUAUCCCCCCGGUCUACGUCAGCGCUUGCAUCGGCUUUGAUUGAUGCUACGACUGCUUCCGAUGACGGCAAGGCUGCGCUCGCGAGAAUCUUCGGACGACGUGCGCGGUCUAUGACUUGGCGCAGUACGGCAGUUGUACAGGUGGGUAAACAGGCAACGUUCGCCGAGCCUAUCCUAGUACCAAAGAAGCGCCCGCCGAUCGUGUUCGUGUUCUCUGGUCAAGGGACACAGUACUACCAUAUGGGACGCGAUCUAUUCAAGUCAUGCAGCGUUUUUCGCUCAAGCAUCCUCGAGCUUGAUGAGGUCUACAAGGCAUCGACAGGGACAUCGCUCGUCGAGCUCGGUUUGUUCACCGACGUACCGUAUGAAUCCAGCGACCCGCUCGGGGACCCAUGGCCAAUCGUGACUAUGUUGCCGGCCCUGACGAUGCUGCAGCUCGCCCUGUUCGAUACUCUAAUCGCAGCAGGUGUCUCUCCUGAUAUUGUCGUUGGCCACUCCGCGGGCGAAACUGCAGUUCUUGCUGCCUGCGGAGCCGCGUCCAAGGCCGCAGCGCUGGAGCUUGCGAUCGCUCGUGGUCAGGCUCUCUCGGUCGUGGAGACCGCGGAGGGUACCAUGGCGGCGUUCUCGUGCUCUCCCGCAGAGGCGAGUUCUAUCAUCGCUGCAGUCAAAGCUGAGCUCGGAGAUGGCGUGCUAGAGAUAGGAUGUUACAACACCCCUGGCGCGGUCACGCUCUCCGGCGCGGAGUCGCACAUUCUCCUUGCCGUGGCCAAGGCAAACGAAGCCGGUAUCUUCGCGCGCAAGCUGCGUACGCGCGUACCAGUCCACUCGGCGAUGAUGGAGCUUUGCCGUAACGCGUUCGAGAGGGAGGUAGGCAAUGUGUUCGCCCGUCAUCCAGUAUCGCCGCCUACAGUGGAGACGUACUCGACGCUGACCGGACAACACUUCGAGAGUUUGUUCAACGCGCAGUACUUCUGGGACGGCACACUUCGUCCUGUUCAGUUCACUAGCGCCAUCCAGUCAUUGUCGGCGAGGCAUCCGAACGCGACGUUCGUAGAGAUCGGGCCUCAUCCUGUUCUUACCAGCUACAUCGUAUCAAUGUCUGGUAAGAGCGCCGUGGUGACUUGUCCAAUGCGCAGGCACAAGGUACCCCAGGAGGGUUUAGAGGUCGCGGAGUUCCUCUCGACCCUCGGCAAGCUCGUCACCGCUGGACACAAUUGUGUCAACUUCGAUGCGCUCUACGGCACAUCGAGAGCCUACACGGGGACUCUUCCUCGUUAUCCUUUUGCUGCGAAGAAGGUUCCAUGGUACUUCCCCACCGCGGAGAUCGUACGACAGCGACAACACAGAAAUGGACCUCUCAACUAUCCUCAGCUCCAAAUCAAUAGCCAGACACACCCUGCCCUAGCGGAGCACAUCAUCAAGGGCGAGCCCAUCAUGCCAGCUGCCGGCUUCAUUGAGAUGGCGCUCGAGUUCGGGGCCAGCGAGCUGUAUAAUGUUGAGUUCCAUGCACUGCUUCCCCUUUCGUCGGAACGCCCCGUGCCUGUAGAUGUGAGACUGGAAGGGACGCGGUGGAGUGUCAACGGCGUCUCGUCUGCUAACCAAGGGCGAGCUUGGCCCAUUCAGUACGACCGCACGCACGCUACGGGUUUCUUAUCGAUGCGCUCCCGCGACGAUAUCGCUGUCGCAAAGCUCGACUUCACUGCCAUUCGCCAGAGGAUGAAGCCCGUAGACAUGAACGGUUUCUACACCGCCAUGUCAUACUUCGCUCAAUACGGCCCAACGUACCGGAGGAUACGUCAGUGCCACAUUGCUACAAGCGCUGGUGGGCGUAUUGAGGCACUUACGGAGCUUCGGGGUGACGAUAGCGACCUUGUAAACUUCUCAGACUACCGUCUCCACCCGGCUAUACUGGACGCUGCCAUACACAUUGUUGCUCAUCCGAACCUGACAGGCAAUCAUGACCCUGAUCUGUACCACCUGCCUUCGAAGGUGGGCGUGUUUAGGCUUUGCCCAGGCUUUGGCAAGCGUCCGUUCCCGAAGUUGGUAUAUACCCAUGCCGUCUCCGUUGAUUGGUCUCCUAAGGCCACCGUGUACGAUGUCACCAUCGCUAACGAGGAAGGCGUCCCUCUCUGCAUCUUCGAACGUCUCGAAGUUAGCCUGCAUGGCCACCGGCUGAAGAAGAUUGACAAGCGCUUCGACCUCACCUACGAAAAGACAAAUCUCCGCCUCUUACCUCCACCAGCUACUCCACCAUCAUCUGGCGGAGAGUGGGAGUUCGUGACGCCCUUUGCCGGAACCUUGGCAUGUUCUGACGACGAGCACAGCCUGAUUCUCGAGUAUGUACAUGGAGAGGAGAUGAAACUUCAAGCUGCGAUCCUACCGCUCGACGUCAAUGAGCCUUGGUCGAUUCUCAUCGUCGCCGAAGAAGGCAUCAACGGGAGCGCCUCCCUGGGUUUCUCUCGGUCUCUGCGAAAAGAAUACCCCUUCUGGACAGUGCGCGUUGCAGUGUUCGCUUCGCCUUGGACACUCCCUCAGCGAGCACAGGCUUUGCGAAUCCUCCUGACUAUGGACACGACAGAUUUGGAGAUCAUCGUGGAUACCGAUGGUCUGAUCUUGCUCCCUCGUAUCAACGCCUCACAACCUCCACCUGCCCACAUUCCUUUUGAUUCGACUAAGCCAUGGGUAUUUGAAAACAACAGGUUGAUCCAGACUCAUGUACCCAAAGCUGUGGACGAUUACGUCGUGGUACACGUUACAGGCGUGUCGCCGUCUCACCACAACGCUUGCGCAUUCAUUGGAGUUGUCGAAGGCGCUUCCAGACCCGUCGUUGGUGUCUCGUCUGCGCCACGUAGUAGCCACAUCCAAGUGCACAGGGAUUCUGUCGUAGAGUUGGACAGCGCCUUCUUCUCUGAUGCAUGCGCGCCACCCAUCCUAGCGUCCACCCUCCUCGCACUGGUUGUCGGACCUCAUACCAUUACUCGCCCUCAGCGCCUCAAUGGGAAACGGCUGCUCGUAGCCGUCGAGCCUGAUGAUCGUGUAUUAGGGAGCCAGAUUGAGGCCAUUGGGUCCGGACUCGGCAUGGAUGUCAAGGUUCUUUAUUCUCCUCUCGCAGAAGAUCAACUUCAGCCCUUCUACCUUCACGCGCCUCACUACGUGUUGUCCGGUAUCAUCGAAGCUCGCGAUGUGACUAUCUUGCGAUCCCUAGUAUCGUCAGGCCGCAUCCUGUUGUGGAACCACCCACACGAAGGCAUCGCCCACUUCGCCGCGAUCGACCCCUGGGCUCUUGGCGAUGCAGUUCGAAGCGCAUCUGCUUUCCAUCCUGGCUCUGCUCAGUUGACCAGCGUACCAUUCGUUCCACCCGCUGGGCUACUCGACAGCUCCCUUACCACCACCGCUUGCGUCUCUUUCAACUUGUUCGAUCCACAUAAAUCUUACCUUCUCGUUGGAGGUAUAGGCAGUAUUGGUCUCCAUGUGGCGCUGUGGAUGUAUGAGCAUGGCGCGGGGCACCUCAUUCUCACUUCUCGUACAGGCCCCUCUAGUCUCGAUAAGCGUGGAGACCUCGCCUCACAGCGCAUCCUCGCCUAUCUCCUCAAUCAGUCGGACCUCUCGCUCCGCACUGCAGCUGUUGAUGCGGCGUCCGAUUCAGAGAUGGUAGCCCUUGCACGCGGGAUCUCCCCGCCGCUCGCGGGGUGCAUGUUCCUUUCCGCACUUUUGAAUGACCGAACCUUCGCGGCGCACACGCAGGAGACGUUUGACAGCGUCUUUCCGCCGAAGACGGAUGCGUUUCAAGCGCUAGAAAAGGCGGUUGGGUACGAGAGCCUGGACUUUGUCAUCGCCGUGGUUUCCAUUUCGGGUAUGUUUGGAAACCCAGGCCAGACGAGCUACGCUGCAGCAAAUACCGCGCUCGCCGGCCUAACACGCAAGUACCCCAACGCCUUCUCGAUUGUUUCACCUAUCAUCCUCGACAGCCGCAUCGUCACCCUCACAGACGAGACCUACAACUCGCGUGUGCGGCACAUGGUCAAGUGGGGUAUGACCGCGCGCGAGCUUUGCGAUUACAUCGGAGACGGUAUCCGCAAGGUCCGCGCCGACCCGGGCUCCGUCUGGCAGUAUAUCCCCGACUUCGACUGGCGCGCUGUGCGAGACAACAUGGGCCCGUCGAAGCUGUAUGACCACCUUGUCCCCAAGGAAUCAUCUGAAGAUGAGGAAGGCAAUGAGGGCGACGGCAGUGGGGCUCCGUCGCUAGUGCAAACCGUGUGUCGGGUACUGGAUCUGAAGGUCGAGGACGUGUCGCUGGACGUGCCCCUGACAGCGUAUGGGCUCGACUCGCUCUCGGCCGCGUCACUCUCGUACGCCCUUCGUUCGUUGUUGGCGAUCUCACAAAUCCAGCUCCUAGCGGACGUCACAAUCAAGGAUCUGCAGACGAAGCUUGAGGGCGUGGACGAGCCUCCAGAGGCACCCGCGGCUCAGCUCACGAAGGCUCGCCCGGAGUCGACGGAGUACGUAGACGGCCGAGUCGGGGAGAUGAAGGCGUUGCUGGAUGAGCUCACCGCGGAUUUGCCCUCCCGCCCUACAAGUGUGCACGGUAGCGUACGGCGGCAUGGUGCAGUCGUCGUGACGGGGACGACGGGGAGCGUGGGGGCGCAUAUCCUUGAGCACCUCCUGCAGGAUUCGCCGUAUGCAAAGGUGUACGCCCUUGUGCGGCCUGGGAAGGACGCCGCCAUGACGAUGGCAAGGCAGUUCGACGCGUUCGCAGCGCGCGGGCUUGAUGUGCGGCUGUUGACGUCGGAGCGGCUUGCCGUGGUGGGGUGUACUUUUGAGCGGGAAAGGCUUGGCUUGUCGGCGGCGGAGUACGAAGAGAUCCGGACCUCAGUAUCGCAUAUCAUCCAUGUCGGCUGGCCAGUCAACUUCGAGGCGCCCCUGUCCUCGUUUAAGAAUGCGCUUGUGGGUCUGAGGAGAUUGAUCGACUUGGCGAAUGCGGCUCAGGAGUUUGGGCCGGUGUCGCUCCUGUACGGAAGUAGUUCCGGUAUCUUCAAAAAUUAUAACGAGACUGCCCCUCCUCGGGAGCGGCCGCUGGAUCCCGUCGUCGCCGUCGGGGAAGGAUACAGCGAGUCGAAGUGGAUUGCUGAACAUAUGGUGCAAGUCGCCUCGGAGAGAAACCUUGUGCGCGGCGUAGUAGUACGCAUCGGGCAACAAACCGGAGGCAAGAACGGUGCUUGGAAGCCUACAGAAUGGUUCCCUGCCAUCGUAGCCGCGGGUGCGGCACUCGGAUGCCUUCCUACGGGCCAAGGGGUGGUGACCUGGCUACCGGUUGAAGUAGCUGCCCAAGCUCUUGUCGAGAUGGUCGACGUAACAUCACCCUACACCAUCCUCCACCUACGACACCCGCGCCCAAUCGGCUGGUCGGACAUCAUGAGCGAGCUCUCUCGUCUCCUCCGUGUAUCCACCGUUCCAUAUGAAGAGUGGCUCUCCAGGAUCACUACUGCACAUCCCGAUCGGCGACUGGGGAAGUUCGUCAGUCCUGCGCUCACGCUCGUCGACCAUCUCCGACCCCGCUACCCCGAUGAUGAGGCCUUGCGUGUGCGUGUGACGGAGAACAAUGGUCUGUCGGUCCUCAUGGACGUCGAGGACAGUCUGCCUUACAGCGCUGUCUUGAGCAACCCAUCGCUACCUCAGCUGAACAGGGAGGAGGUGCGGAAGUGGAUUGACUAUUGGAGGUCGGUUGGAGCACUACCCACUAUGUAAGAUAGGGUGACAAAGUAGAUGCUGUGAUGUACUAGAUACCUUACUUGCUUGUAUGUCGUUAUGCCUAAGGCUUCGCAGUGUUCUCGCG